AGCCCCAACACUUUUGACGAAAUCGUAUUAUUUAGUUUUGUCGACUCGGAUUGUCAUAUCCCUCUGGGCAUUACUGAAUCACGCACAUUUGUAUUAUAGUCAUUAUGUUGAAAUUUGUGGUGUCAAUAAUCUUGUGUGCCCUCGCGGCAAGGGAUUCAUUUGGAGACCAAGAUUUCAGGUUGCCGUCAAACACAGCACCAAUUUCGUACGAUCUACAGUUUUAUCCGAUUUUCAACGGUGCCAAUUCCACGUUCACCGGAGUGGCGAAAAUAACUUUUAAGGCCUUUACCAGCGACAAAAUAAUAGUUUUGAACCAAAAAGAUUUGACCGUGAAUACCGUGUUGGUAACAGACAUAACCACUCAGAAAAACCAGACGAUAUCUCAAACGAUAAACAAACCGGAUUACGAACAAUACGAGAUCUAUCUGAACAGUGCGUACAUCAAAGGCCGAAAUUAUUUGUUGACGAUAACGUAUGGUGGGCAAAUUCGAAAUGACCUGACGGGUUUAUACAUGAGCUCUUACAAAGAAGGCAACCAAACCAAGUAAGGCCACGAUUGCUCUCCUGACACGGGUCUGGAGUUGGUAAAAAAAAAGAAAAGAAAAUAAUUUAGAUUUUUAACAUGUUUAUUUUUCGUUGUAUCUCCUCUCGUAACAGGUGGUUGGCAGUGACACAAUUCGAAGGACCGUACGCGAGGAGAGCCUUUCCGUGUUACGAUGAACCCUCGUUCAAGUCCUAUUUCAACAUAACAGUGGUAAAACCGAAGAAUAUGAUAGCGUUGUCCAACAUGCCGAUCCGAAAAACUGAGCCUGGGUAAGUAAACGACACUAAAUAAUCGACGAAGAGUCCCUGGGAGUGGGCGAGUCCAUUUCCUGGUAUUUACAUUUUUUUCUGUAACGGUAAUAGUUAUUUAAAAAUAAUGUUAAAUGAGUACACAUACCGUAAGGAGAGGAGGGAGGGGGGUGUGAUACUUAACAAUUGUGAAAUACCGGGUUUGGUAUGAUGCUAUAAACGGGACCGUAACGUUUUCUCCGAAAAAGCGAAAUACAAUUUAUACCGAGAAAGUAAGAACCGAAAUCAAAAUUAUUGUCGCGAAUAAUAUUCGUCGCGCGUUUCACCCCUUAAGUAUGAAUUCUACGAACGGCGUGGCACUUCCUGCGCUCGUUUCGGAAGUGAAUUCGGUAUGCGACUAUUUCAGUUUUUUUUUUCUCUCCCGGAUCACUCGAUAAAAUAACAAUACUUGGCUUGUGUCAAAAAACGUCGUUUUUUCCUCAAAAAAAAAAAAAAUAAGAAAUAAAUAAGAAACCGUAAAUAAACAACGUGAUGCCGUCGAUUUCUCUUCAAACACGCUACCGGCAGCCGCUCAGUAUAUUUGAUAAUUCAUAUGAAUAGUAUACUAUAGUCCUAUAGGUACAUUUUACAUUUCUACAAACUGGGAGGAAUAAUAAUUGUUCAAUAGUAAAAAUACAUGACGAAAUAUAAUCUACCAUAUUAAUCAUCCAGUCGUGCUUCUGAACGAGAAUUUGCAAACGAUCACAUUUGUUUUGGUUUCUGUUAUUUGUUUUAUGAUAUCUAAUUUUUGUUUUGAGAUGACAAUAUUAUUCAUAAGCGCCAUUGAACCGCUAUAUUAUUAACAAUUUAUAAACCAACAAAAGUGUUUAUACUAGGGAAGGGGUGUGUCACUGUUGUAGAUGAGAAGUUGGGAAGCUAGAAUACGCAUAAAGUUAUUUAUUUAAUUUAAUUUAUAUCUAUAAACCAUUGCUAACGAAAAAAGAUUCGGAGUGAAGUUCGGAUAAACAUGUUUUGAAAGACCCUAAUAUUUACGAUUUUCGCCAAAAUUUAAUACUAAAACUUAAAAAAAAAUAAAAACCACUAUGUAUUUUGUACAACUUGUAAGAGACUUCCUGUACAAUUUUCAAGCAUUUCUGUUUAAAACAAUUUUCUUCAUAGAUUACCUACCUACCGAAUAAAAAUUACGUAAAAAACUAGCAAAGUUAAAAAAUAUCUAUAAAUUGUAUGAAAAUGGCUUAAAUGAUAUUAAAAUUUGAACACGUCAAGAAAAGGAUAAUAUAGUUGUCUAUCAAAAUUUCAAAUUUCUACGAUUAUUUUUAACUAUAUUACGACAAAAAAACAAAAUUGAAAAUAAUAGAACUAUGAUUUUCAAUUAAUUUUCCCGUUCUUUCUAGGUUUUCUUUUCAAUUUUGCUAAAUUGUUAAAAAACUACAAAGAAAAUCAAAAAAAGUCUUACUCAUUAACUAGACUAAAAUUUCAAUAAAAAAUGUCUCUUAUGGUUUUUUGAUGGAAUCAAGAUUUCUGGUAGAAAACAUAAUUUGUAAAAAUUAAAAACAAUACGAAAUCGAUAACACCACGAUGCGUCGUAAAUAUCUGCCGUUUUUUCGAUAAUUUUUUUUCAACAUUUCCCCUAUUAUUAUGAAAACCCCUAAGAAAAUCAAAAAAUUAUCCCCCCCCCCCUAAGGCACCAAAUUGAUAUAAUUUCCUUUAAGAAAACGUGCUUUACUUAAAACAUCGGAGCAAAGUUUUCUGUUUGAAAAUUUGUUUAUAGACAAAAAAAAACACACAUAGUAAAACCAAUUGAUCCCUCGCUAUCCCUCCCUCCGAAUCUAAAAUAUUGUAAUAUUAUAAAAAACGAACAAAUACAUAAUAUCAUUUGCUCUCGAAAUUUCACGAUUAAAAUAUACUCAUAAAAUACAAUUUAUACGGAAAAAAUAACAAUUAUUACGUCGAUCUAGUCUAAUAAUUUCGAUAGUUUUAUUGUAUAAGUGUAAAAUUAUUAUAUUAUAGGCACUUUAUCUGCAUUAUAUCUACGCACUUAAAUAUUACAGAGCGUAUACACAGUCUAAAUAAUAUUACAGCUAAUAAAAUCCGUCAAGUGUUUUAGAUAUUAUUAUUAUCUAACUAUAUUGCCACUUCAAUUUUUUAAGUUUAUUAUAUUAUUUCAAUACAACUAAUAUUAUGUUUAAUUAUCCUAAAUUAUAGUUUCUAUAUAUGAGUAUUAUGAUACUAUGCGGUCAUAAUUUAUAAAUAUAGAGUCAAUAAAAAAUGACUGAUUCGUUUUAUUAGCUAUACUUUGAUUAACUAUAUAGGUAAAUACCUAUAUAGACAAUUAUAAAUAUUUAUUAUGUAUACACUAUACUUCAUGUUAGUGAAAUACUAUUGUAACUACUAAAACCAUGUAUUUAAAUGAAAAAAUAAAAAUGCCAAUUAGAUUUGUCUACUCUUAAAAUAUCCAAUAACUGCAGUUUUCACAUUUUUCUUUUUUAACCUGAGAUUCAAAAUUAUAUGCGAAAUGAUUUUGUUUUUCAUAAAUGUCUCAUUUUCGAGAUAUUAUUACCGAUUAUUAUAGCUAUUCGAUUUAUUUCAACGCGAAAUUAUUUUGGAAAAAUCUUAGUACCUAUAAAUAUGUUAUCAAUCUUGAAUCUAAACAAUAUCUAAAAAAUUGGUUGCAUACCUGAAUAAUAAAAACAACAACAAUGACCUUUUCGAUGAAAAUAUAAACAAUUUAUAUUUCUAAUACCAAAUUGUAGGCCCACGAAUACAACCGAAGUGGUUUACUUUGAGCAGACCUCGUUAAUGGCGACUUAUUUGGCGGCUAUUUUCGUUGGCGAAUUCUUGCCGAGCAAAAACGGUUCGGACUUGACGGUUUACACGCACAAAGAUUACAUAGACCAGACCCAAUACAUCACGGAAAUAGCUCCGAAACACCUCCAUGCACUAGAACAGUACACGGGUAUUCCGUAUAUGCUUCCCAAAAUGGAUCUGUUGGCCAUACCGGACUUUUAUUUUGGUGCAAUGGAAAAUUGGGGAAUGAACACUUACCGGUGAGUACGCCAUGUAAGAAAUAAAUAUUAUACUCAUACCUCAUAAAGUCAUAAUGUACUUCCUCUUCUCUCCUCCCGUCUUUUUAGGGUCAAUAAUUGUCUUGAUUCUAAGUUCCUAAAUAUCCAUUCGAUUCGAUCUCCCACAUCAUUUAUACAAGCCCCGGCAGUUCUCAUAUCACUCUUAAAUCUCAAUUGUUUCUAAAUAUCUCCUUUUCGCUCUUCUUCUUACCCUCUAAUUAAAAUUCAUUUAUAAAACUUCUCUAAGAACUUUCAAUUUAUCUCUUUUCAGCACAUGCCUAAACCACCUUAGUGUAUUCUCUCUCAUCUUAAACUCAUUUCUUAUUCUAUCCUCUAUAUAGUGACUUUACUCAUCCAUCUAAGCAUUCUCAUCACUGCUACAUUCGUUUACUGCUUUGUCUGCCUAUCUAGUGCCUAACAUUCUGUACCAUUCAACAUGGCUGUUAUUAACACAUUUUUUUCUUUUAAAUUUAACUUUCAGUCUAAUUGAAAUCCACUUAUAACAUACAAGUAUGCAUAUACUCGUAUUAUCCUUGGCGCAUCUAAUUGUUAUAACUCAAAUUUAAUUUUUACCUACGGAUACAGCUGCUUCCGUUGUUAUAUUGGUUAUUUUUCCGAAUACGUGAUCAAUUGUUAUUUAAUUUUCGUUCGUAGGGAAAGUUAUCUGCUGCUGAACGAUGAUGCGAAAACAAAAAACAAAAUGCGCGCGACAUUGGUCGUCCAACACGAGUUCACACAUCAAUGGUUUGGUGAUUUGGUGACCUGUUCAUGGUGGGAUUACACGUGGCUGAACGAGGGUUUUGCGGCGUACUUCCAGUAUUUCGCCACCAAAAUGGUAUAAAGAUAAUCCGAUCGAAUGAAUCUUUUAUACAUAUAUUAUAUGAAUUCAUUUUUUUUUUAACUGACUUAAUCAGUUUUAUUUAAACAAACCAAUAAAUAAUAUAUAUUACUCGUGCACUAUAAUUAUACCGGAUGAUCCAUUUAACGGGGUGCACUCAUUAUCUCGGAAGGUAUUAACUUUUUCCGGAAUUUGUUUUGAAAGAACAUUUAAGACACAGGCUGCUCUACAAUUUUAUAUUUAUGUUAUUUUUAGUCAUUCUUAUUUUUGGGGGUAAACUACUACCUACUUUUGAUUUUCAAAUGGCAGACUAUAUUAAAAUAUCCAUAAAUAAAUGGAGUAUUACUUAAAAUAAAUUUGCGUGUUUUGAUUUCUGUGAAGCCAUUGACGAGAUAUUUCACUUUUAAAUUUAGGUUGGAGGUGAGUAGUGGUGCAAUAGGUUACCAUUUGAAAAUCAAAAGUAGAUAGUGUUUUUACCCCCAAAAACAAAGGUCACGAAAAAUAAACAUAAAUAUAAAAUUGUAGAGCAGCUUGUUUCUUUAAUGUUCUAGAAAAUAAAUUUUGGAAAAAGUUAAUACUUUUAGAGAUAAUGAGUGUACCCACUUAAAUGGAUCACCUGGUAUACAGUCGUGAAGUUUUUCCCGCUGUUACAUAUUAAAAUCCCCGUUAUGGUUUCGAUUAUAACAGGUGAAUCCAAAUUGGCGGUUGGAUGAACUGUUCGUGAUCGACCAACACCAAAAAGCGUUAGCAUAUGACCAAACACCCAGACAUCCCAUAACCACAUCGGUAUCCACAACUGACGAUAUCUCAGACGUGUUUGAUACCAUAACAUACAACAAAGCGGCGUCAGUUCUGAGGAUGUUAAAAUACUUGGUUAAUGAAAAUAUUUUCCGGGCGUCUCUCCAAAGUUAUUUAAACAUAAAUAAGUAAGUAAAUAUUAUUAUGAUAUUACCGCAAACACCUUGUUAUUUGAAUUUAAUUCGGAUAGUAUAAACUAUAAUUUAGUAUCGCGUAAACAUUUAAGUUUAGAUGAAAAAAUAAAUACACGUAACAUAUAUAUAGACUAUUUUUUAUAGUCUUCACAAAUAUCAUAUACCGCGUAGGUAUCGUAUAAAAAUAGUUUGUAAAAAAAUCCGCAGUGUUAAUUUUAAAUAAUAAAAUGUUCAGGAACCGUUUCCAAAUGUCAUAAAUAUUAAUAUGAUAUUUCAUUAUGGACAAAAUAUUUAUUUUUUUUAAUGAAUUUUUUUUCCUUUCUCAGAGAAAUGUCUGUAUCGCCAGAAGACUUGUUUGUAGCUUUUGACAGUACAUUAGCCGAUAAUAGCACAGAAUUUGGAAACGAUUUGACGGUCUAUGAGUUUAUGACAAAUUGGACAACACAGUCAGGGUAUCCAGUACUAAAUAUUGUUAAAAACCAAACAUCAUUUUCAAUAGUUCAAGUAAUUAUUAUUUAAACGAGAGUCUUUUUGUUUAUUAGUUUAAUAUUAGCGUUUUUAUUUCUGCAGCCUGUUUCGUAGAAAAAAAUGUUUUUCCAUCGAUGAACAUUUGUUCUAUACGUUUCAAACAGAUUGAUAUUUACUUAAUAGGUUUGUUCCUACGCGGAGAAUUUGAGACUAGUUGUGAACUGAUCAGUGAAUGAUUUAUUGUUUAUGUGCUAACUUGGACUAAUCACGGAUUCCGAGUUUAUGACUGUCCAGGUCUGUUGGAAAAUAUUGAGACGCAGUUCGGGCUGUCCGUGAUUGUAGAAAAUAGAUAAAAGAUUUAACUGUAAUAAGAAUGAAUCUUGUGUAUUUUAUAACAAAACUUUUAGGUUCUGAGUGGAGCGAGGAAUGUAUUGGUUUUACAAUGAUGUUUAUCUAUUUAUUUAUUUAUAUUUUUGUGGACAACUUUCUGCCAGCGAUUUCGGUCCGAUUUUCAAUUACUUUUUCUGAAAAGAAAUCUAACUGGGGUAGUACUUUUAGGAAGUCAUUUUUUGAUUUUUCCAAGAGUUUUUCCAAUAACUGGAAAAAAACAGGAAAAACCAGGAAAAACAUAAUAAAAAUGGGAAAAUAGGUACAAUAUUAAACAAAAAUUGUCAAAGAAUAUAUUAAAUACAUGUGUAAUUAUUUCAUUACAAUAUGGCAUAAUAAAUGACAAUAUAAAAUAUAUAUUGUUAACGAAUUAACACCAUUAUCCGAAUUCUGCUCAGAAACAUUUUUCGUUAGCAUUGUUAAUCAUUACGUACAAAUAUACAUUCAAUUUCCCCUCUACCUUCCCAGUUUCUCACCUACAACUACUGUUGUAGCCCACCCACGUGCAAUCUAUGUCCGUCGUUUGAUGUAUUUUAUUUUUUUUUAUUGUGUGUUGUGUGCUAAAAAUUUAAAAAUUAUUUAUGAAUUAUUAUAACCAAACAAGACGAAUACGAAAUAUGAAUUUUUAUUACGGGAAACGGUACGACAGUACUACACACAUCCUACUUAGUUACAAUUGUGAAAUGGACAAUAGUUAAUUAAAUUAGAACGUGAAUAAUAGAUAACAGAUAAUAAAUAUAUGAUAUCAACGUCUCUGACUACCAGUCCCCAACCGAAUCCGCGGAUCGUUUUGACUAUCAGAGACCUAUCUUAAAACUAGUCUAUAGAAGUGAUGAAACAACUGGUUAACGGUUUAAGUAUGCCUUUUUUGGCGUUUUUGAACGGUAAAACUUUACUGCACACGCACCCAUUAGUUCUGUUACAAUUUGACCGCGUGUUGGAACAAACCUAAUAUAUUACGAUGUAUUUGAAUAUAUUAAAUACAUAUAUUUAUAUAUAUAUAUUAAUAUUUAAGAGUCCAUUUUUCGUCAACGCGGCCGAUGGAGUCAAUAAAAGCGGAGCGUGGCACGUCGGUCUGACAUUUACCACCGAAUUGAGUAAAAAUUUCAAUUACUUCAGUCCGUCGGCUUGGACGAACAAACUGUCGAGCACGACCGUAAUACCCGCUCCUCGGAAUCUCACUGGAUGGUACAUAUUCAACAUACAGUCUACCGGUAAGUGAUGGUCCGUACGGAAGGGAAAUCUAUCAGAAAUUCUACCGGUAUAAUACGAUCGAAAUAAUAACGGAUCCGUCCGUUAUUAUCAGGUUUCUACAGAGUAAACUACGACGCCGAUAACUGGGAUUCACUGACCAGGCAACUGAACAACAACCCUGCUGACAUUCAUGUGCUCAACCGCGCUCAGCUUAUCGACGAUUCGUUCGCGCUGGCCAAAGCGGGACAGCUGAACUACUCGGUAGCCUUGUCGUUGUCCAACUACUUGAAAAAUGAAACGGACGCCAUACCGUGGUAUUCAGCGAUGAACAGUUUGUCGUACUUGUUGGAACGCAUGCCCCGCAGCCAAGACGGAUAUGGAAAUUUCAAGGUAAACUAUAUUACUUGGUCCUCGGUACGUUUUUCGGACGCAAAGGCACUAAAUCGUGACUUUUUCGCAUUUACAGACUCACAUCAGCACGCUGGCCGGUAUCAUAUACAAGAGGUUCCGAGGGCUCGUGUCGCAGGGCAAUACCGAAUUCCACGUCCUGAGUUUCUGGGAUACGUUCGCGACCUGGGCGUGCAGUCUGGACGACGUCGAUUGUACCGCCGACAUGCUGAAUUACUUUAACAAAUGGCAAACGGGUGAAAAGUCAGUUGAUUAUCACUAACCACGUAGUACCUAUCGGAUUGGUUUACAAAUAUUAAUAUAUACAUUACUUAAUUAUUAAUAAUACACAGAAUACCCGCCGACAUCAAAGACGCGGCUUUCUGCGUGGGAGUCAAAAACAGCAACGACUCAAGUGUCUUCGACAAAAUGUUCGACGUGUUCACCACGACCAAAACGAUUUCGGAAAAGUUCUCUGCCCAAGCCGCCCUUGCGUGUUCUACCAACAAAACACAAUUAAAUCAGUAUGCAUACCAAUCCGCUCGAAACGUUUUUACAUUUGAAACAUUUAUUUUAUUUUAAUUUUUUACGGUUAAUAAUUAAAAUUUUCAGGUAUUUGUACCAUAUAUUCGACGGACCCAAUGGACCGAUCAAGCUGAGCGAUUUUGAUUCCGUUGUCACGGCGGUAUCGAAAACACCGAUAGGUCUGGACGUAUUAUACGAAUUCCUCUCGACUAAUUUGAAUAAAAUUUUGAACGAGGUUCUCGACGGCGAAAAUAUCGUUACGUUUAUAUACUCGACCUUAGCCGAAAAAGUGACAAGCGACGGUCAAAUCGAAAAAGUAUGUCUCUGGCUUUAAUACGAACAUAUUUAAAUACGUGGUCUUUUUCUUCGAGUAUAAGUUUGAUACGACGACGGGCUAACAGUAGUCCUAUCGCAUCACCAACUAAAAUUUUAGACUAUAUUGGAUACCUCUAAGUUUUUUUUUGUUUUAAUUCUUUAUAUUACAUCACAUUUCUAUAAUUUUACAUUAAUUCUAUGUCAUUAGAUAUUUUCAAUUAACUUAUAAUUUACAUUAUAACUAUUAUGUUUCAGAUAAAAUAUCUAAAAGAUAACACGACGAUUCCCGCCUCAGUUAAAAAGUCGUUCGAUAAAUCGUACAAACAAGUCAACCAGAACUUGGUGUGGUUCAACGCGUUUUCUCCGGAAAUUAGCCAAUGGUCAUUUGUAAAUAAAGAUGCACCAACGACCGUAUCGCCGGCGCCAACCACGCCGCCUACUUCUCCAGCUUCUACAGCUCAUCCGGCUCCUUCAACUCCUCCGGCGACUACAAUCAAACCGAAACGUUCCAGUGCAACGUCGAACACGCACAGCAGUUUAAUUAUUUUGCUAUUGACAGUUUUUACGGUACUAUUCAUAAAGUAUACUACGUAAAAUUCUAUAGGUAAUAAUAUCAAUUAAUGAAAAAUAAUUGUAUAUGAAUAUUGUAAUAACGUAUCCGAGUCCGGUCGUAUUAUAUUUAAAAAUAACGAUUUGUAUGAUAAUACCAAUAAUUCGUUUUAAUUAAGCAUAAUAAUAUACUAUAUUUAAAUAUUUGUAUGUAUAAUUAUAAAUUACAGUAACGUUAACGAUCACUUCUAAAAAACUGUUACCUCUAUAUAACGGUUAUUUUUGUUGGUCCCGUCAAGUAUUAUGCCUCUAUAGGAAACCUCUAAAGGAUGGUUAUUUAGCGGUCAUUAUUUCUGUAUACUUCUGAUUAUUAAUCGUCAGAUCAUCAGUGAACAAAAAUUAUUUUUUCAUGAGUUUUAGUGGUUGAACUAACUUUUUUAGUACAAAAUUAGCUAACUUAUUUAUUAACUUUAAAUACAUAACUAUAAUUUGAUACAGCUUUAUGCCCAGUCGACACCGUUGGAAUAUUAAUUUAAUUUCCCCAUCAACCAUUCAAAUUUACUUUUUUUUUUGCUAAUUUAACAUAUCUGAAAUAAAUAUUUUAAAAUUAAAAUUUUCAUUUGAUGGUGGUACUGAAUACUGAAUACCUGCACAGUAACCAAUCCGAUUUAAUAGCAUAUGUAAUUAUAUAGGGGUGACCGUAUUUAUAAAAAAAAAAAACAAUAUAUUUUUUUAACGAUUCCUAUAUUUUACUGUAACAAUUAAAAUUGUUUUUAACUAGUUUAAUAUUUUAGUUUUUUAUAUUAAUAAAAUACUUGUUCGUAUUUCUUCUUUUAUUGUGAGUUUGAAACAAAUUAUUAAACUAUUCUUGCAUUUAUUGUGUCAGUGCUCAUCGUUUUUUCAAUUAUAAUCUUUUAUGUCAUAUUUUUUGUUUUGUAUGAACUAACUUGUGUUUUAUAAUUUUAGUUGUAUAAAAAUCGUUUGGUAUUCUACUAAAUCUAUGUUGACGCCAUGGGUGGAUAUAAUAAUGUUGUACGUUAUUUCAAGUUCUUAAAAAGUUAACUAAACAUAUGGUUUAUGAAAGAAGACAUCGUGUUGAGACAUCGGCAAAUUGCGCUGUAGAAUAGUAACAUAGUAGAACACCUCUAGUUGUGUAUCAGUG